AUGGCGAACGCCAGCGAGCCGGGCGGCGGCGGCGGCGGCGGCGGCGGGGAGGCAGCAGCCCUGGGCCUCAAGCUGGCCACGCUCAGCCUGCUGCUGUGCGUAAGCCUGGCAGGCAACGUGCUGUUCGCGCUGCUCAUCGUGCGGGAGCGCAGUUUGCACCGCGCCCCGUACUACCUGCUGCUCGACCUGUGCCUGGCCGACGGGCUGCGCGCGCUCGCCUGCCUCCCGGCCGUAAUGCUAGCUGCGCGGCGUGCCGCGGCCGCGGCGGGGGCGCCGCCAGGCGCGCUGGGCUGUAAGCUGCUCGCCUUUCUGGCCGCGCUCUUCUGCUUCCACGCCGCCUUCCUGCUCCUCGGCGUGGGCGUCACUCGCUACCUGGCCAUAGCUCACCACCGCUUCUACGCCGAGCGCCUGGCCGGCUGGCCGUGCGCCGCCAUGCUGGUGUGCGCCGCCUGGGCUCUGGCGCUGGCCGCGGCCUUCCCGCCUGUGCUGGACGGCGGCGGCGGCGACGAUGAGGAUGCGCCGUGCGCCCUGGAGCAGCGGCCCGACGGCGCCCCCGGGGCCCUUGGCUUCCUACUGCUGCUGGCAGUGGUCGUGGGCGCCACACACCUCGUCUACCUCCGCCUACUCUUCUUCAUCCACGACCGCCGCAAAAUGCGGCCCGCGCGCCUCGUGCCCGCUGUCAGCCACGAUUGGACCUUCCAUGGCCCAGGCGCCACCGGCCAGGCGGCGGCCAACUGGACGGCGGGCUUUGGCCGCGGCCCCACGCCGCCCGCGCUUGUGGGCAUUCGGCCCGCGGGGCCGGGCCGCGGGGCCCGCCGCCUCCUUGUGCUUGAGGAGUUCAAGACCGAGAAGAGGCUGUGCAAGAUGUUCUACGCUGUCACGCUGCUCUUCCUUCUUCUCUGGGGGCCCUACGUCGUGGCCAGUUACCUGCGGGUCUUGGUGCGGCCCGGCGCGGUCCCCCAGGCCUACCUGACGGCCUCUGUGUGGUUGACCUUUGCCCAGGCCGGCAUCAACCCUGUCGUGUGCUUCCUCUUCAACAGGGAGCUGAGAGACUGCUUCAGGGCCCAGUUCCCCUGCUGCCAGAGCCCCCAGGCCACCCAGGCAACCCUCCCCUGCGACCUGAAAGGCAUUGGUUUAUAA